ACUACACAAGUUUUGCCUUAAUACAACAAUUUGUACUGUGUAAACUGUAAAAUAUGAAGCACACAACUCACCUAUGAUAAAUCGGCCUUUUCGCUUCUGACGCUUCACAGCUUGAGGUUUCGCCGUUCCUUUUCCUUUGAAUUCAUCCAUUAAAGCAAUGCCACACACCUUUUGAUAAAGACAAACCAAAAACGAACCGCUUUAGUGUUCAAAAUGUCUCACAAGUCACAAAUUAUAUUUCACAAAAUUUCAAGAUUUUGUCUUUCCCGCGUGUGGCCGCGCUACGGCAAAACCAAAAAAAAGCCCUGGGCACGAGGUUCCGUAUGACGUCACAACCCGUAUGAUCACGACAUUAAAUCUGGAUGGUUAAGUUAUGAUCGGUGGUUAUUGCCCGUGAAUUUUAUGGUACUUUUUCUCGACAUAGGCGUACGACAAGAGCAGAUAUACGACAGUUUCACUGGUCAUAUUCAAAUGGUUUAUCGCCACAGUAGCUUGGCCGAAAAUUGGUGCCUGUGUGAUGACGUCAUUGCCAACGAAGAACGCUCGCUCCAGGCCCUUCACUGGCAACAAGGACACGGUAAGUCAAUCAAGUAAUGUCUGGGAGAUGUACGGGGUGGAAUACCACCCCCCCCCCCCACACUCAUUGACGAUUCGGCAAAUUACAUACAUACCCCACAAACUUUAUUUAAUAUUUAACCACGCUAGCCUCAACACUCGUAAGGAGGCUUAUUUCCAUGAGGGGAGUGAAAUAUAAAAUUAACAAUUUACAAAAAAUAAAGAAAUAUGAAAAAAGAUAAAAUAAGACUAGAUUACAGGAAAAAGAACAGGACAAUACAAUGCUUUUUAAUGCACGCCAGCAACUUUCAAUUGUUUUAAUUUCGAUUUGAAAGAGCUUAAAGAUUCAGCAAUUUUUGCCUCAUGGGGAAGAUUAUUCCAAUGCGAGGCACUGUUAUAACUGAAGCAGCUCUUUUAGCGAAUUCUCUUUUCGGCAUAGGUGGUGCUAAAUCAGUUUCCCUAGUUCUCAAAUUGUUGCAUUCAUUCGGCAAAAAUUGAGCUUUUUGGAUAUGGACCGAAUUGAACUAUCUGAAAUAAAACCAAACGUGAAUCUAAAUACAAAACUUAAUACUUCAAAAAGUCAGGUGAAUAGAUGUCUUGAAAAUGAACUCUGUCGAGUGACUCGAGUCGUAGCGGGUAAUUUAAAAAUUCGAAACAGUCCAACAGCCUAAAGAAAUGCAGACAAGUUGGUUUUCGACAGCGGUCUUGGCAGUUGUUGUGGGUGGUUGGGAUAAGUUUCAAUCGUUGAGGAAGUCAUUUGAAAUCUUCCUCAGAACGAAGGAAAUACCAUUUCAGAGACUGUACAUCUCAAACUUUUCCCUGUUUUUAUACAAGAUAGCUGUUCGAGACGGCUAUAUCUAGGAUAGUAGGAUAGAAAAUGAGAGAAAUAUCUAGGAUACCAAAUGUAUGAUAACUGUUUCAUAAUCAAUGUUUUUAGAGUUGCCACCGAGUCCAGUGACAAUCUACGAGCGAGAUGACGUGAUUGUCACGUUGAGAUUUGAUGCGGAAUUUUCAAAUAUCAUGGUCAUUCGAGCACUCAUCGACAAAGACGACGAUGACAUCAUCCUGAACCCGUUACAGUUUCAACUCCCAGAAAACAAGGUAAACUAGGGGCUUCUUUUGGGAGCAGAACAGUUUAGAAUCGUUCAAGCUAUUCAGUACAAAGUUAGUUUAGUCUCAGUUCAAAACUUUGGUUAAAAUGCGACUAACCACAAAUAUGAUUUUUGGUAUGUGUAAUAUUUGGGUCAUUUGAAGAAGAAAUGUAAUAUAUCUUUAUAAUAAAAAAUCCCAUUACGAUCAACUUUUUCAUUGUCAAUGUUUCCGGAUAUGUUGUCAUUAGAUGAAUUGUAAUUUGUUUUCCUUUGUAUUUUUGUACCAAAAAUUCACAUAAUGACAUCAUAUCUGGAAACUUGGACAGUGAAGAAGUUGAACAAACUUAAAAAGUAUCUUUAGUGCUUUGUCUGUAAAAUUAUGCUAAAAUGAAGAGAUUUUAGAUGGUACGCCAAAGAGAAAAUGAUGUCUGAAGUUCAAUUAGUUUUGCUUACAUUGCUGUAUAAAUAUGGCGUCAAUUUUACAGCACCAAUAAUAACUGUAUUCAUAUUUGACAAUACUUAAAUAUUAUGUUGUGUUUCUCAACCGCCAGAUACAUCUUAAAAUAAAAAGGUUGCCAACUGUGUAAACUACAAAAUAAAGCUAAAACAAAGUAAUUUUGAGAGGAACUCAAAACGAUUUUAGGUUUUGAAUCUUCUCAUCGCAAAUACUUCAAACAGAAAAAAAUUGCCUCUUAAUCAUUUCGAUAAUCAGGUAUUUACAUAUUCAAUAAUUUUCAGAAUUAGCUAUAUCAAAUAUAAAAAAAAUGUCUGUGAAAAUUUCUGCAAAAAUGUAGAUCCUAAAAAAUUCUGGUAAUUCAGAUUCGGAUACAUUUUCGACCCCUGCACUGGACGUAAAACUCUGAACCAAUAGUGGGUGACCGCUGUGGGACGGCUCUUACUGGACCUAUAUAUUCACAAGUUUAUAUGCCAGCAUUCAGUAUUACAAAAAGAUGGUUUUUUUCAGAUGAUAAACGGCAUUUAUGUUGAAGAGCUGAGUAAAGGUGAUGAGGUCAUGCCAGAAAAAUAUACUGAAGAGGAGACAGUAAUAAAAAUAUCAGAUCUUCAACGACUAAAGGUAUUUAUACAGUAAAACCCCGCAUAUAAGAAGGUUCUUAUGUAAAGGUGCUUACCACGAAAUUAGGCUAAACAGGUUCUUAAAUAGGUUCUUAUUUUCUUAAGAAAAAAGCGACUCAUUUUAGGGAGGUAUGGUAUAUGAUUUAUAUUUAAAUUAUAUAUAUGCACAAAUGAUCUAAAAAAUAACAGUAUAUGCACUAUACCAACCCUAUAUGCACUUUAAAUCACUGUCGUCUACCUCACAUAUCGUUAUUAUCUUUUCACUUUCAGCGAAAUCUCUAGAAUUCAUCUCAUCUGGUCUUCUUAAUUUUCGUAUCGCGCAACACUCAAUUCUGUGCAACAGCAUAAACUUGCUACAUUUCAUAAAGAUUAUUAUGUUAUUUGCUUUCCCAUUGUUCCGUACUUCAAUAAAGGGACACCGAAUGGUUUUCCGUGCAGGAUUGCGUGAUCCAUGCACGAGGGAUGUCGCGAGACUUUCGGAAAGCGUAAAAAUACUCGAGCCGCAGGCGAGUGUAUUUUUACGCUUUCCGAAAGUCGAGCAACAUCCCAAGUGCAUGGAUCACGCUAUCCUACUUGGAAAACCAUUUGGUAAUUGUUUUAUAAAAUAACUACAGUGACAUUUUGAGAAUCCCGCGAAAAUCCCGCGAAGGCAUUUUAAUUCCUUGUGCAGGAUAGCCUAGCUGAUACUGCACGGCUAUUGACCAAUCAAAUUGCGUGUUUCACUGUAGUUAUUAUAUAAAAACUAUUUUUCAAAUCUAACAUUCUCUAACAUUCUUUGUUUUUUUACAGGGUAUGUUAUCACUGAAGUUAAAAGUGAGUUACAUCACAGGCGACAAUAGAUUGAUCAACGAAAUCGUCCAAUAUGAAUUCAAGGACAGGCCGCUAUAUGCAAGACUUGUGUAGAAUAUUAUUAGGACACCAUUGAAUAUAAUGCUCUAAAUAUCAUUUUGCAUGUUGAAAGAAGGACAGAGGUAACUGUGGUCAAACGUAAGAGCUGUUGAUGACUGUUGUCAACUUAUCGAAUUUAAGAUGGCUCAAAAUGUGAACGAGAGUUUUGACUCAAUUUACCGAGCAAUAAAAGUUGAGGAAACUCUCGACUUGAGAUUUUUUCCUCGCGAAAAAUAAAAAAAAUAUAUAAAAUAAAAAAAAUAAUAAAAAUAUCAAGCACGGUAGAUAUUUUCCUCAAGGUCUCAAGAGGUUAAAUCCGCACGAAAACUGUGCGCACACGAGAGAAACAGGUUGAACUAGCCGCAACGCGAGGCAAACUCUUAUGCGACCCUUGUUCUCGUUUUAGAAGCCAUCAGAGUUGAUGAAACUGUAAUGCACUCCAGGGAUGGAUCCAGCAUGAUCUGGUAGGGGGGCAACCUCGUACCCAGGCUCUUACCUUCGCACGCCCCAAGCUGCGGAAAGACCCUGGUGCCGGCUGGUCACGUGGCUCCCAGAUUCUGGGUGCUAAAAUAAAUUGCUAUUCAGGGAGGGGUGGUAGAAAUGAUUUGUACGUAUUGAAAUUGUUUCUGAAUUUGUAAAAUAGUAAAAUUCUAACUGUACGAGACAAUAAUAAAAGAUUUUUUCUUGAAGAAAUGUUAAAACAACACUGAUUAAUCAUGUGUUGCAGCCGAAAGAGUAUCAUAUUACUCUCCAGGAUUACAAAUAUCUCAUGUUUCACUGUCACUAUAUCGGCUUAGCAAAAGCACGCCAAAGAAAUUUUACAAAAAGAUCUCCUGGAUCAACUGAUCAACUAGUUUUCGUUGUCGAUUAUAUAAUGGUGUACAAGAUCAGAUACAUCGUAAGAAUCUUUUCAACAAAACAAAUUAAAGAAUUUUGAUUAACACGGAGUUGAUUCAUGGCGAGAGACUGCCGCAUGUUGAUGAUUUUCCUUAUUUGAUCUGCCGAUCGAGUGCCGUCCUUGUGAACGACGUUCAAGAAUGUAAUUUCCGAAACACAGAAAUCAUUAGUAAAAGAUUCACGAUCCAAGCGAUGCCCUGAAGUUUUUCUAUCCGUUGCCAGAUCUUCGGCAAAUGUUGCUGCAGUUGAAAGUCGAAGCCGCAGUUUGGCUUUUACACUUAACUGACUUUGUCAAUGUGUCCUCCUCGAGUGAUGAAACUAGAUCUGCUACUCCUUUACCCAUGCCAACAGAAGUAGGCUAAGUCAAUUGUUUAUGAAUAUCAUCUACCAAUAUACUUUACCGCAAUUAAUAAAUAUAGUCAUCCGUAUACGUAUGUUAGUAAUCCCCAUUUAAACCCAAAAUGUGCAAUCCAAU